CAACAACAUCAUUCUCUCAUAAAAUAGCAAUGGCACCACCGACAAAGAAGGCACGGACAGCACCGAAGGGGAAGAUCUCCGUUGCGACGAUGGGGGUGAAGCCGACGAAGCCUGGACCUGCGAAGAAGCCAGUACAGAAGAAAGCCGCUGCUCCUCCUUCGGAUGUGAGCGAGGAGGAGGACGCUGACGAGCAAGAUGAUCUGGAUUUGGAUGAGGAGGCAUCAGAUGAAGACGGCGGUGCACAGAUCGGCGGCCUGGACGACCUAAGCAAUUCUGACGAAGACUCCUUCGACGAAGCCUCCGACGACGAGCUCGAUUUCGACAACGAAGACGAUGAAGCAGCCCAUGCCCAGCAACAACAAAACAACAAGAGAAAACGCGCAGACGACCCCGAAGCCUUCGCAACAGCCAUGUCCAAAAUCCUCGGCUCCCACCUAAAAGCCCACAACCGCUCCGCCCCAAUCCUCGCCCGCAACAAAACCUCCGCCGCCAACCUCGAAUCCGCCAAACUCGAAGCAAAAGCUCGUAAAGCACUCUCUCUCGAAAAACGCGCCUUGCUCGACAAAAACCAUGUCGUGGAUAUUUUGCCGCGGGAUGAGGCGAGCGCGAGGGAGGUGUUGGAGUAUGAGAAGGCGUUGAGGAAGGUUGCACAGAGGGGUGUUGUUAAGCUCUUUAAUGCUGUGAGGUUGAGUCAGCUCAAGGCGGAGGAGGCGAGGGAUGAGGGGAUGAGGAGCGGGAUUGUUGGUGUGGAUAAGAGGACGCAGAAGGUUGCGGAGAUGAGUAAGACUUCUUUCUUGGAUUUGAUUAAGAAGGGGUGAGCGAGGUUAAAGACGAGGGGGGGUGA